AUGAAGCUUAUCCCCUCCGUUCUCGGAGCAUUGGUCGGCGUUCACACCGCCCUGGCCGGCCCAGCUCUCGGCACUACCGUUUACGACGACCUCUUGUCACCCGUUGCGCCCCUGAGUCAUGCAACGGAGAGCCUUGUCCAGAUCACCGACUUUGGCCCGAACCUGUCCAACACCGAGAUGUACAUCUACGUGCCCGCCAAGCUGGCAGAUAAGCCCGCCAUCAUUGUCGCCAUCCAUUACUGCACCGGCACGGCGCAGGCCUACUACAAAAACUCGCCUUAUGCGCAACUCGCAGACCAAAAGGGUUUCAUCGUGAUCUUCCCAUCAUCGCCAUACAACGGCACAUGCUGGGACGUUAGCUCGCCCUCCGCACUCAUACACAACGGCGGCGGUGACAGCAAUUCGAUUGCCAACAUGGUGACGUACACAUUGGACAAAUACAAAGCGGACCCGGCCAAGGUGUUUGUCACCGGAACGUCGUCGGGCGCCAUGAUGACGAACGUCAUGGCUGCUGCGUACCCCGAAAUGUUCGCUGCCGGCAUCGUCUACUCUGGCGUACCAGCUGGUUGCUUCUACAGCCAAGCUGGCGGCGUCGACGCCUGGAAUAGCUCGUGCGCCAAUGGCGAGAUCAACAGCACACCGGCCAUCUGGGCAGGCAUCGUCGACGCCAUGGACCCGGAUUUCUCGGCCAAACAUCCGACGAGCGCCGAGGCCAUUACGGCCCGUCCCAAGAUGCAAAUCUAUCACGGGAGCGCCGACGACAUUCUGUUCCCGCCCAAUUACAACGAGACCAUCAAAGAGUGGUGUGGCGUCUUCGGCUUCGAUCCAAAUGCGCCCGACACCACUCAGAUUGACGUGCCUCAGGCCGGAUACACAACGUACACAUGGGGAGCUGGCAAGCUGGUCGGUGUGUAUGCACAGGGUGUCGGCCACACGGUGCCUAUUCGAGGCGCGGAUGACAUGACAUACUUCGGACUGUAG